AUGGGGGCACGAAACUGGUCCAAGUCCUUCCUUUCCCCUUCACCAUCUCCGCCGUCCAGUCCUAUGUCUCGGGACAAUCCAGAUUCAGACGACAACGACGACGCCACCUCCGCCCUCCCUCGCUCCUCCAAUCUCAACAGGCGACUCGACCUCAGCACUCGGGAGGACACGGCCGUCGUGCCCGACGCGAAUCCGUUUUCCCUGUCGAAGAAGCGAUCUGCUGCUCAGAAAGGGAAGGGCAAGACUUCAUCAGUAGGUAGCACCAUCCGACCUGCGGGGAAUGUGCGCCCAGCAAGCGCGAGGAAGGCGCAGGCGUCCGUGCCAGAGGAUACGUUUAAGCGGAAGAAGGGGUGGAGUAACGGGCACGGCGAAUCGAUCCCUCCUGUCACAAAGUCGAAAAGGAAGGCCGACGACGGUGGGAGCUGCAAGCAGAUCGGCGGCAAUCGCCUUCCCCGUGACGCCAAUCUGUCCUUGAGAAACUCGUCCACAGUCAAGAAGACCUCUUCCACAUCCACCUCAAAGAAGAAGGCACCUAAGAAAAAGGCGGACGAUGACAUCUCGUUCCACAGACUGCACUCGGACGAGAGCAGAAACUUCCCGAUCAUAGCGGGUCUGGCCAGACAACGUUCACUUCCUACCAAAGCUGAGAAACCCGAACCCGAUAUCAACCUCAUCGUCUCAGGCCAUGGUGCUCGCGUGAUUCGUACCACGCGCAAGACUGGCCGGUCGCAGCCCCAAGAUGAGUCAUCCAGGUCUUCUAGAAGCUCUGUUUCGUCAGUCCCUUCUCUGCAGAAAUGGCUUGCCCCCGACGCCCCUCCGCAACCCUCUUCCUCCGCUGCGGAACAGCGACACACCGCCUCGAGCCCACCGUCUGUCGAAGAAGAUGAUGUUCCACAGACAGGCAUCGAGGCACCACAGGCACCUAAGACGCCACCACCGUCUCUUGUGCAGCCCGGUGCCAGCGGUUACGCAUCCAGUGCAGUGACGACUCUGAAGACGCCUUCCACUGUGCGGCGCGUUGAACGGGAGCCCACGCCGGAGAAACGUCCCGAGCAUAUCCAGCUGCUCGAGGACAUGGCCGAGCAGCUUCCCCAGGGGUACAGUCUGCACGAGCAAGCCGACUGCCGACCUGAGCUGAACCGCAACCAUUCGACCGGCCAAGCCUACGCAGUCGAGUCUCCGUCGCCCGUAACGUUCGGCACGCCCACGCAAAUCCCCACAUCGAAGCGCCUCUCCCAGUUCCGCUUCAACGGCUCUUCUGCCGCCACUGAGACGCCUUCGUAUAGCCAGCUCAGCGAAAAUCUCUCAAAUCAUUCGACAUCUCAUCCAACUGCCAAUCUUAACGAUACUGCCGGCACGGGCUACCAACCUCAACCUCAUCCUGCCACUGCCCGAGUGCCCCUUCCGCCUGCCUUCAAUUCCCCCGGGGAACCACCUCAGAUCCGUCCGCUCCCAUUCCGGUCCGUGGCUCGUCCUUCCUUCACCUCUAUACCCUUGCCACAUGUCCUGACUCCGAAGUUCUCCUCGCCAGCCCAAGUCAUCCGUCCGCGCUCUCAGCAGCGGCAACCUCCCCAACCGCCUCGUGUUGCACCACCGUACACCCAGCCUCAACCUCGCUCCCAGCCACACCAGAGCGUGAGGACUACUGGCUCCUACGUCGGACUGUACCAGCCCAAGCCGACCUACCCGGCGAACAGCGGGAAGCGGCGCCUGACGCUGGCACCCGGGCGCACGAGCUACACUGGCGGCGCAAAGGUGACGACGUGGGAGCCGACGCCGCUCUCUCAGAGCCGCGUUCCAGCCUCAGCGCCAGUUCAACAGAAAACCUAUGUGCCGCGCCACUUGCGUGCGCUGCAGCAGGCUGCUGAGCCGAUGCCUCCCCCUCGCCCGGCACCAGUGGAGGAGGACGAGGACUGGGAUGCAGACUGGCGUCGUCAGUAG